AUGUGGCUGAUGAUUGUGUUGGCGUACAUGACUGAAGGAAUUGUGUCUUCAGGAGAAUUCCAAGAGUUAAACAAGCCAAAUCCAGAACAAUUUUUGAAUACUGUAAGUACAUCUCUGGAUGUGAAACGAGCAUGAUAUUGCUUGACACUAUUUACAGUUUCAUCCUCCCUACAUAUAGGAUUUUGCCACCUUAGAGUACUUAGUAUUGGGUGCAAAUGUUCAACCAGAAAAUACACAAGGUUGGUAGUGCAUUUGAAAGGUGCAUGUAUCUUGAAUGACUACUUUUCUUGGUGCUGUGUACAAAAAUAAAUGCUUGAUGCAGGUACAGCUCAGGGCAUCUUGCUGCCUGAACCAGUCAACAAUUCCAUGUCCAAAUAUAGAGCAAAUGGGAUUUAAUCUGCUUGGCAGCUUUGUCCUCCAACUGCCAACUGUCCCCCAAGAAUCUGCAACCUGAGGGUGUCCCCUCCCCCUGUUUCUCCAAACACAGUGAUGGGAAAUCUCUGGUCCACAAACCUAAUUAGGUUUACCAGGCCUUAGUGGCUGGCCAGCCAGGCCAAUUUGGGUGAAGCAUGAAUUGGCCACCUUUACCAUGCUUGAUGUUGCUGAGGCUCAAAUUUGAAACUGCAAAGGAAGCAUUGCAAGCGCAGUUCAAUCCUUCAUUUGCAAGCAGAAUUCAGUGCCUUUUGAAUCUGGAGCUUUUUCCUGUUGCUCUGCACAGCGAUUUGGGGUGGGGGAAACAUAAUUUGCUUCAAGCUUGGAGACAGCACUGCUGUGCAUUUUGCUGAGAAAAGUGACAAUUUGUAUGCAUACACAAUACAUGCAUCAAUAAAAAACCAACUAGUUCACAGUGGGAUGCAUUCAAGGCUGCUUAGGAGACAAUCCUUUACACAACCUUAUUGCAUUAUAUUAUGAAUUUUUAUACUAUUCCAUAUUUGUCCCCUAUUCUGCCCAAAAUGGAAAGUGUGUAUAUGUGAAAAUGAGCUAAAAUUUGAAUUCUGGUUUUAAUUUAACCAGUUUAAAUCCCGCAACAACAAUGGACCAAGAAGAAUAGGCAACCUUUCUGAAAGUACCUCAUUUUGGAAAAUGUUGUUUCUCCUUUAUCUAGGAUGGAAUCAUCCGUCGCUGGGACUAUCCAAGUGAAGUCCAUGAUAACAUCCUGACAGCUGAUGGCUAUUAUUUAACCAUGAACAGAAUUCCUUAUGGCAGAGGAGGCAAACAUGGUGGGUCUCCAAUGUGAAAGAAGAAAUGAAAAUGUAAUAGCAAGCCCCACGCAUUCUCCAACACUAUCUGAGUAGCAAUUAAGUAGAAAUCUUAUGGGCAGGGCUGUUUCUUAGAAGUUUCUUUCCAAGAACACCAAACCAGAGUCUUUCCCACCUUCAGGCCCUUCAAAGCAGAGGUCGGAGUCCCUUUCUAGCCCACGUGCUGCAUUAUCCCACAGACACCUCUUGAGAGUAAAAUGUAGGGAUGAGAAUUUUUUGGGAUGUGCAGCAGGAUGUCCUUUAUGCUACUUUAUGUAGUAUAGGUGCAAAUUUAGAUAUAAUUCCUAUUAUUUAAAUAUAAACACAAUAUACAGUGGAGACGAUUGUGAUCAGGUGACCUGUAUGCCUGCUCAGUCUGCUGUCUGGGUGCAAACUGUUGAUGCGGAAACUUCAAAGUCCUUGCUCUCUCUUUGAAACUAGCCUUGGACUGGACAAACAGAAGGUGCCUUCAAAUACAGGAUAGCCCUCUGCCAGCCCUUCCAAUAAUAAUAAUAAUAAUAAUAAUAAUAAUAAUAAUAAUAGUGAUAAUAUAUUAUUUAUAUCCUGCCCAUCUAGCUGGGUUUCUCUGGCCACUCUGGGUGGCUCCCAAUAGAAUAUGAAAAACACAAUAAAAGAACAAACAUUAAAAACUUCCCUAAGUGUCUACUAAAAGUCAGAUAGUUGUUUAUUUCCUUAACAUCUGAUGGGAGGGCAUUCCACAGGGUGCCACUACUGAGAAGCCACUCUGCCUGGUUCCCUGUAAUCUCACUUCUUGCAGUGAGGGAACCGCCAGAAGGCCCUCGGAGCUGGACAAUGGGGGUGGAGAUGCUCCUUCAGGUAUACUGGGCCGAGGCCAUUUAGGGCUUUAAAGGUCAGCACCAACAUUUUGAAUUUUGCUUGGUAAUGUACUGAGAGCCAAUAUAGGUCUUUCAGGACUGGUGUUAUACGGUCUCGAUGGGCUGUCCUGCAGAGAAGGCCACAUGGCCAUCCUAGUGUGCUGCAGUCUUUCUUACGAAAGUUAAUUAUUUGUAUGUGUUUCAGGUUCCAGACCUGCUGUCUUGGUGAUUCCUGGAUUAAUAAUGGAAAGCAGCACCUGGGUCUCCAAUAUACCCAGUAAUAGUUUGGGCUUCAUCUUGGCAGAUGCUGGUUAUGAUGUUUGGCUUGGGAAUGUUAGAGGAACGUCCUGGUCGAGAAAGCACCAGAACCUUUCAGUCUUGCAACAGGAAUUCUGGAAUUUCAGGUAGCUCCGCACAAAUUGGGGGUGAAACUUUUGAAAUGCAUAUGCAGUUGUCUAUUACUGUCAAGCAAUGAAGCACCGGGGCUUAUCAGGAGUGGCUUGCUGGGCGGGACUGAGCAGCUAAGUGAGCUACCUGGCAGGUGGCUCGCUGCUACUUACCAGGAGGAAGAGGGGGAGGUGACAUGGUGCACAGGUAACUACAGGACUGCCAGAUUGGCUCCACCACUGCGUUUGAGCCACACUCAUAUCUGCCCCACCCAGUAAGAAACAGUGACCCACCUGCCAGGAAGUUAGUUGUGUUGCUGCUCCCCAACUGUCAAUCUAUUUCUGGAGUUUAUGUUAGAUUUCAGCUGCAGGAAAUAAAUACACAUGGUUUACGACUACAAACAUAAGAGACUUCUGUGUCUUGAGAUCCAUGAAUGGUCAGCUCACACUGUUCAUGUAUAUGAAAUGCUGCUGCUUUAAUCAACGACGAGACAUCUUGUGUACCAGCAUUACAUGCCCAACUUUGUGUUUCUGCUCCUCAGCUUUCAUGAAAUGAGCCUCUAUGACCUUCCAGCCAUGAUAGACUACAUUCUGCAGGAAAAUGGCCAAAAGCAGAUCUAUUAUAUUGGACACUCUCAAGGUGCUACUUUAGGUAAGUUUCAAAUAUAGAGAAGGGCUGUCCUCCUUAUUUGGCUUCGGCAAGCCAAAAGCUAUCUUUUUCUUUUGUAACAAAAUUUCCUUCAAUAUUGUCCUUACAAGGUUUUGAUUCAAUGUGAUUGAUGUGAUUGCAGAAGUUUCUUUCAACAAUUUUUUAACAGCUCUUAGAUAUGGUACCCACAGAGCCAGUUGCACAAACUGGUUGAUACCCGAGUCUAAAUACAAUUCUUAGAGAUAUCUCUGCAAUCUAGCAAUUUUUUGCCAUCACUGGGAUGAUGAGCUUGUUAGUAUGUUCAAGACCUCAACCCUGAGCCCCAGAGCUAAUAUUUGUGAGCUUAAUUAAUGAUAAUUAAUGUGCAUCUCCAGCAACACCCUGUAGUAUGAAUGGAGAGCACAUGGGAUGCUUCAUGGCUUGGUACAAAUAUCUGUGUGAUGCAAGUUUGUAUGCACAUUUGCCCACAACUAUGUGUCCAAUUCCCAAGUAAGAACUUUUUUCUUGUCAGGGCAGUUAGUAAAACUGACUGACUUCUGUACCUUUGCCUUUCUGAAUGAUGAUCUUUUCUUCCUAUGCUUUCCCCAAUUAUCGUUGUAAAUAAAUUAUUAUUUUUUGCAGGUUUCAUAGCCUUUUCUAUGAUGCCAGAGGUGGCUGAAAAAAUCAAGUUAUUCUUUGUUUUUGCUCCUGCGUACACAUUUCAGAACAGCAAAGGCCCAGUAAUCCAGAUAUUAUUUUUUCCUGAUUUUCUUAUAAAGGUAUCAGUUGCAUUGUUCUUGCUCUUUAUGGAUUCAUUCAGUUGUUUCCCACAAUGUGAAUCUGCAGAAUGCAGUUUUCUUAGAAAAGCUACUUGUAUAGUUUGCUUAAUAAUACAAAAAUGGUAAAUUUGCUAAAACAGCAAAUUGUUUAUAAAGUGUCCUUCUCUAACGUUUUUAUGAGAGGUAAACAGGAAGCCAUUAAAUAACCCUUUUUGAAAGUGAGCAAAAUUAAAAAAUGAUGUUAAUUGCAUGAAAGUAGUUAACAUGCAAGUAAGAACAGGGGACCCAAACAAGAUCAGGACGGUGACUGGUGGGAAAAGUGAUUGACCCAUGUUGCAAUCCCAAUGACUUUUAGUCCAACAUCUGUUGCACACUUUGUCAUAGGGGCCACAUACAGGGGACUGCUCAUUCUAGAUUACCUCUCCACUACAACUCCUCUCACCAGUUUACAGUAUUGACCUUUUUUUGGUAGGGAAAUGACUAGGAAAACAGAUUUAUUGGUGGGAAUGAAUGACUCACCAAAGCUAAUCUCAAUGAAUUAAUGCCCAGCUCCUUCUCUUUGUCCCUCCUAAGGCUGUCUCAUCACCUCUUCUAGUCUCAUUACUUCUUUUUGAAACAAUCAACCAGGGCUGGUUUCCAUGUUUCUCUUUUCUCUUUUUGCCACCCUGGCCAACAGGUGAGAUGCUCAACAACUCCCUGUAGCUGUGUUCUUUUCUUAAAAGCAGUGUUGUGAUAGCACCUUGCGCAUGGACCCAACUAGUCAUAAUGUGGUUUCAAAUCUCCAGCACUUGUCUCAGGAAACACCUGGAGUUAUUCUCUGAGGACUCCAGUCCAAACCCUGGAGCCCCAACACAAAUGUUUGUGGGUGGGGAUUGGAAUUAAUUUGUUGAGGGUGGAGGAAAAACCAAGCAGAGCUCUUAAAAACUUACUGGAGCUCAAGCUGGCUGUAAAAUACCACGCAAAAAGUGGGAAAUGAGGAUUCAUGUCUUAGAACAAAGUAGAAUGGCAUCAACUAGAGCUAAAUGCAGGUGUUGUCUCUUUAAGGAACCAAGCAUUCAGCAGUAUCUUUCAGCCAGGAAUAAAGCUGGUUUACCUUGCCACGCCCUGAAAAACUCAUUGCUGAAUAUUUUGCUUGAAAGAGGCAGCUAGGUCCUGCCACACCUGAUCUGCAAAUGAAAGGGCAGACAGCCAUGUGAGGAUAAAGUGUAUAUGGCUGCAUUAUUAUAUAUAAUUAUAUAUAGUAAUAUAACAACAAAUGCUCUUUCAAAUGGUUCUCAGUACCACAGGAGGCACUCUAGGGCAUUCAGAGCAGGAGCUUUAUUAUAAGUUUGCCUAGCCAAAGCUUGCGACAGAAAUAAAUUGAACUUUUUAAGGUCUUUAUUUAAGCUGUCAAUGUUGCUAUGGCUUCUCAUUACUGAUGGCAGUAAGUCGGGAAUAUGUCUCACCCCGCUGAUUGGCUUUUGUAUUAACUUAAUUUCAUGUUGUGUUCAUUUGUGUUCUGCAUACCUAUCUAUGCUAUCGCUCACCUUUCCUGAGCCUUUGGCCUCCUUAGAUAGAAAUAAAAUCUAUCUUCUCUCUUUAUUUGGGGUUUAAUAACUGCCCACUUAGGUAAACACUUCAUGUAUUGGGGGCAAGUAGUUCUUCUCCCCUACAAAAGAAUAUAUAGCCCUUUUGUUAUUAUUUAAGGUGCUUCCAUGUGUGUGUGUGGACCUAUUGAUACACACACAAAGGCACUUCACAUGCCAACCAGACACACGGACGGCGGGGUGUGGUCACUGUAUGUGUGUCAGCAUCUGGAGCAAGGCCUAGUCCACACAGCCCUAUAAUCCCCAAUAUAAUCUUUCAAUUUGUAUGUUUGUGUGUGACCUGAAUCUCCCCUGUGUUUCUUUGCUGUGACUUAUUAUCAGGGCCAGCCCACUCAUGAGAUAAGGUGAGGUCGCUGCCUCAGGUGGCAGGAUCCACAGGGUCAGCAGAUCUGGCCUCCAAGGAACGCAUCACCUGCCGCCGCCACUGCAGUGGCAAUGUCAGCUGUGGUGUACUCCUUAGAGACUGGAUCUGCCACCUCCUUGGCAGCCCCGCCCCCAAGUCCCACCUCUACAGUAGCUUCUUGACGAACAGGAGUUACUGCAGGUCUCCUCCUACCUUUGUUCCUGACAUAGAACUUCACUCGCUCCUUCUUCUUUGGUGGCGGUGGGAAUUUUGUGAUUCGCCUCUCAGGUGCCAAAAUGUAUUGGGCUAUCCAACAAUGCAAUUCUAACCAUGUCUACUCAGAAGUAUGUCCCAUAGAAUCAAUGGGGCUUACUUCCAGGUAAAUUGUAUAUGUAUUUUUAUUCAUUGUAUAUAUGUUUAGAUUUGUCACUUGGGCACAUGAGUGUGACAUGAGAAAUAUAAGUGCAAGAGAACAAAGACAUAAAUUUAAGUUCACAAUUCUUUUAAUGUUUCACAGGUUAUAUUUGGCACGAAAGAAUUCCGCUUAUUAAGUAGAAGUCUGAGAGCAUUCGUUGCUAAGAUUUGCAGCUCCCAAUUAAUACAAAACCUUUGCGCCCAAAGCCUUUACCUUAUAGGUGGCUUCAAUAAGAACAGCUUAAAUGUGGUAUGUAUGUAUCUUUAAUUAUUUUCUUUCUCUUUUACUUCUGGUCCCUUGGCUUGUGGUUUCCCAUUCUUAAUCUCUUGACUACAGGUCUAUUGAUUGUGUUACUUUUUCAUUCUGUUGUUUUUCUAAAAAGAGAAAUAUAAGGGUUGACUUGGAUAGAUUUCAAGGCCUCUUCUUAGCGUAUGCACUGAUUUUUGUUUCUCACACUUGAUGGCCCUUUUUCAUUGUAUCUGCCACAUUAACAGUUUGUCUUUCUAAAAUGUUUUUUUCAGAGCCGAGUUGAUGUGUACCAGGCUCACUUUCCAGACUUUACUUCUGUAAAAAAUAUUGUACACUGGGGUCAGGUAACGUCUUUAAAGCAGUGCAUACUUCUUUUAAAAAUAAUGAUCAGCUGAGGUUGUGAUUUUUAUUCUAAAUGUAGAAGCUCCUAGGAUGUAAUGAGAAAGAAGAGGCAGAGAAGCUGCAUUUUGUGAGCAGGACAUCAACCAUGGUUCUGAAGACACCUCUUGUUACGUCAGCCUCCGGUUGUGUUUUUUCAGGAUACAAACGCGGCAAACCCAGAAGUGUAUACUUCUGGGUUUCACCAUGUUCGCCUGUGGAGAAGCGUUCUGCGUACCUCGCACGUGCACAGAAGCACUCCAUUGUGCCACGCGCGCAGAAGUGGCGCUCUGGUUGCGGACUUUUCGGGGUGCAAAUGGCACCCCGGAAUGGAUCGAGUCCAUAACUAGAGGUACCACUGUAUUUAUGGCAAACUGUUAUUCUACAAUUCAGGUCACAUUGAAAUACCUGAAAGCUUUCAACUGGUCUUCAGCUUUUAUUGUCUUCUGUACUUUAGAGCUGACAUCAUUCUCAGAGCUUGAAAAACUGCACCAGGCAAGCUUAAUGCAACUUUCGGUAUAAUCAGAAAAAAAUAAUCAGUUCCAGCCAUUAGAACUGGUCCGUUCAAUUCAAUUGUCACCCAUUUUUUAAAAACUCCACCUUCUUAGAGACAUGUGCAAAUUAGCCUGCUGACUGCUUACGUAGCCUACCUAAUGUUUUAUAAAUAUAAUGUCUGCUUAAUUUUAUUCCUUAUAGGCAGCAAAAACAGGGGAACUGAAAUAUUUUGACUACGGCUGCAAGAACGAAGAAAAAUACCAUCAGGCAAGGAUGUGCUUUGUUGUUGUUACAUUAGUGUUGGUAAAUGCAUGGCACAAGUUUUUUCCCAUCCCUGUACAAUGGCAUUGGAGGUUUCUGGCUGUACAGGCUGGACUUCUUGAGUGGAAAAAGGUGAAUUUGAGAUGCCUGGGAUGAUGGAGAAAAUAACACCUAGCAGCUCUAUAAUAUAGCUAGAUGUUAUCCUGGAGUGUUUGCUUGGAAUAUUUUGAAUAAUUGCCAUAUAUAUAAUUGGCAGACAGAGAAUCUGGAGUUCCUCCAUUUUUGGUUGAUAUUUAAGUUCCCUAUUUUGCAUUAAUGAAGAUAUACACACAGGAAGGUGAUAGAUGGGAUAUGAAGGGCCCUGCAUGAGAGGCAGGAUAGAGAGGAUCUUCCAGGGUGGCAGGCUAGGGGAAGAAGGGGAAGCUUCCAGGUGAGUGGAAUAAUGGGUAUGAUGCAAUUGUAAUAGACAGAUUUAUAUUCACUUUCACUUUUCUUUUUAUUUUCUUCCUUCUCUUUUUUUUUUAUCUUUUCUCUUCAGAUUAGCUUGGCUUUUAUUAUAUUUCAUGUGGAGAACUUUCAAUAUGGGCGGGGUAUAAAUAAUAAUUAAUAUUUAUUACUAAAAAAGAAAGCAUAAUAUACAGGCAACUCCCUGUUUAUGUGUGCUCAAGGUAUGUAUGCACACGUGUGCAUUGCUAUGAACCCGGAAAUGGCAUGGAAAGGGGCAAAAACGGCCCUGAGAGAGCAUGAAAAUUGCACGAAACCAGAGUUUAGUAAUCCCAGGAGCCCUCGCACCCAUCUUUGAAGCCUGUGGGGAGUUAGAGUUAGAAUCAUAGAAUCAUAGAGUUGGAGGAGACCACAAGAGCCAUCGAGUCCAACCCCCUGCCAAGCAGGAAACACCAUCAGAGCACUCCUGACAUAUGGUUGUCAAGCCUCUGCUUAAAGACCUCCAAAGAAGGAGACUCCACCACACUCCUUGGCAGCAAAUUCCACUGUCGAACAGCUCUUACUGUCAGGAAGUUCUUCCUAAUGUUUAGGUGGAAUCUUCUUUCUUGUAGUUUGGAUCCAUUGCUCCGUGUCCGCUUCUCUGGAGCAGCAGAAAACAACCUUUCUCCCUCCUCUAUGUGACAUCCUUUUAUAUAUUUGAACAUGGCUAUCAUAUCACCCCUUAACCUCCUCUUCUCCAGGCUAAACAUGCCCAGCUCCCUUAGCCGUUCCUCAUAAGGCAUCGUUUCCAGGCCUUUGACCAUUUUGGUUGACCUCCUCUGGACAUGUUCCAGUUUGUCAGUGUCCUUAGUGAACUGUGGUGGCCACAACAGGACACAGUACUCCAGGUGAGUCUGACCAGAGCAGAAUACAGUGGCACUAUUACUUCCCUUGAUCUAGAUGCUAUACUCCUAUUGAUGCAGCCCAGAAUUGCAUUGGCUUUUUAGCUGCCGCGUCACACUGUUGGCUCAUGUCAAGUUUGUGGUCAACCAAGACUCCUAGAUCCUUUUCACAUGUACUGCUCUCAAGCCAGGUGUCACCCAUCUUGUAUUUGUGCCUCUCAUUUUUUUGCCCAAGUGCAAUACUUUACAUUUCUCCUGUUAAAAUUCAUCUUGUUUGUUUUGGCCCAGUUCUCUAAUCUGUCAAGGUCGUUUUGAAGUGUGAUCCUGUCCUCUGGGGUGUUAGCCACCCCUCCCAGUUUGGUGUCAUCUGCAAAUUUGAUCAGGAUGCCCUUGAGUCCAUCAUCCAAGUCGUUGAUAAAGAUGUUGAAUAAGACCGGGCCCAAGACAGAACCCUGUGGCACCCCACUAGUCACUCUUCUCCAGGAUGAAGAGGAACCAUUGAUGAGCACCCUUUGGGUUCGGUCAGUCAGCCAGUUACAAAUCCACUGAGUGGUAGCAUAGUCAAGACCGCAUUUUACCAGCUUCUUUACAAGAAUAUCAUGGGGCACCUUGUCAAAUGCCUUGCUGAAAUCAAGGUAGGCUACAUCCACUGCGUUCCCUUCAUCUACCAGGCUUGUAAUUCUGUCAAAAACGAGAUCAGGUUAGUCUGACAUGACUUAUUUUUCAGAAAUCCAUGCUGACUAUUGGUGAUCACAGCAUUCCUUUCUAGGUGCUCACAGACUGUUUGCUUAAUGAUCUGCUCCAGAAUCUUCCCUGGUAUUGAUGUCAGACUGACUGGGCAGUAAUUAUUUGGGUCCUCUCUUUCCCCCUUUUUGAAAAUAGGGACAACAUUUGCCCUCCUCCAGUCUGCCGGGACUUCACCUGUUCUCCAGGAAUUCUCAAAGAUGACUGCCAGUUGUUCUGAGAUCACAUCUGCCAGUUCUUUUAAUACUCUUGGAUGCAGUUCAUCUGGCCCUGGAGACUUGAAUACAUCUAAACUAGCCAAGUAUUCUUGUACUAUCUCCUUAGUUAUUCUGGGCUGUGUUUCCCCUGCUGAAUCAUUUGCUCCAAAUUCUUCAGGUCGGGCAUUGCUUUCUUUAUCAGAGAAGACUGAGGCAAAGAAGGCAUUGAGGAGUUCAGCCCUUUCUGUGUCCCCUGUUUGACCAAGGAGUUUGACCAAGGAGGUUUGGAGGGAGCGAAUGUGGUGUUUGCAGGCUUUUGCAGUGCCGCAGAAUGUAACCCCCACGGAAAUGUGAAAUUGAUUGUAUGGCAUUCUUGCUACAUACAUGUCAGAAUCCCUUACUCUUAAUUCAUCAAAUUGUCAACACUGCAGCAAAACUAUUGCAAAAGAUGAGGUAAAUGUAUAGAUUUUUCCCCUGGUCAAACUGUCUUAGCUUCAUUUCAUAUUCUCUACAACUUACCCUGAGGAAAAACAUUUAAAUUUCUUUGGUAAUUUUGAAUGUUGUUCAUUUUAGAUUUUACCAAACAAGGGGAUUUGCCCAAAGUGCAUUGCCCCUCCCCUAUAGUUGUGGUGCUUUUCUGUAUUUGAAUAUAUAAUCUGCUGCAUGUUUCCAAAUUCUUUGAAACUUAUUUUUCUCAUUCUUCCUUUUAUUCAAGUUUACAGUACUUGAAACAUGUUCAUUUAUUUAUUUGCUUUUGGCAUUUAUAUACCGAGUGUCCCAUGGGCAGUUCACUAAUUAAAGUCUGACAAUGUUCCCUUCCAGAAAACUCCGCCAUUUUAUAAAAUAGAAGCUAUGACUGUGCCAACUGCCGUGUGGAUUGGGGGGCAAGACUGGUUGUCUCGCCCAAAGGACAAUGCAAAAUUAAUACCUCGAAUUUCUAAUCUCAUUCACUACAAGUGCUUUCCUGACUGGAGCCACUUUAAUUUCCUCUUUGGACUUGAUGCACCUCAACGCCUUUAUUCAGAAGUGAUUGAUAUGAUGAAGAGAAACCCAUUAGAAACCUGGGAUUUUUAGGGAGGGGGAAGACAGUUUUUUAUUCCACUGGUUUUCAGAGUAAUUCCAGUCAUGUGUUGUUGUACUCCUAUUGAUUUUUAUACAACAAAGCACCUGGGUGGGAGAGUGUUCAAAUCUUAAUUGACUGCUGGUCCAAUACACUUUAUAUUACAGGCACAAUUUUCAUUUUUAAGUUCAAUCUGAACUGCAAAGUUCCCCAAAAUGAUGACAUGUUGCACAACUUUUUUUUAUUUUUACAUUUCCCACAACAUCUUAAAAAAUUCUUCUGAACUCAAUCUAUAGUGGAUAUAGUCUGGGGGAAGGGGAAGGGAGGAAAGGAUAGGCUUCUGAAAGGAAGCCUAUAUUCUCUCCAAUUUGGGCGCAAAAUUUCCUUCCCUACCCCAAAGGAUUCUUAUGCCAAAGCUAGUUAUAAACGAUCUCUUUUGUUUCUGUUAUUCUUUAUAAUUAUAGAAGACUGAAUACAUUACUGAUACCUUCAUAUUGGACUUUUUUAUUUUUAUUUUUUUAAAUGCAGCUGUGCUGAACCAAAAGUGAGACUGUUCUGCAAGACUGGUAAAUGCUAUCUUGGUAGUUAAGAUGACUCCGAGACUAAUUGUUAUUUGAUACCAGAAUGUUAAUAGGCCUAUCUGCUUUGAAGACUUAGUUUUGGUUCAGCUAGUUGGGAGAGUUCUCCUACUGGCUGCCUGUCUGUCUGUCUGUCAGUCAUUCCCUUAUCUGAGAUAGAUGAGAGUUGAAAGGGAGCCUCUAAGCCAUGGGUGAGUUAAUUAGGCUAUUGAUUCCAGCUUAUGUAGCUUGCCUCGUGUAUAAAUAAUGCUUAACAUAGCACUUCAUGGACAAGUCGUGAGGGCCUCUUGCUGCUGCUGUUCGCCCUGUGUCUGUAAAGGUGGCGAGGCUCUGCAGGCUGUGUUUCGAGUUUAUGCUUCCAUCUUACAAUAAAGCAUUAGAAUUGAUCGCUCUGGUGUUUUUGUCAUCCUUCUUUGGUUAUCCCUGCACCAAACCACUCUCAAGGGCCAUCCUUGGGCCUUGCAGUUCAGAGCAGCAGGUAAUGUUGAAUUGGCUGUUAACUACCUAUUAAAUAAUAAUAAUAAUAAUAUUUUUUUUGAUGUAUUGUAAGGUAUUGUUUUGUUUUGUUUAAUUCUUUAUUGUUCUUUUUCUUUUUCUGUAACUUGUAAACUCCUAAUAAAUAUCUUUAAAAUAAAUAAAUAAUAAUGAUUGAAGUAAAAUUAUUUACAGAAAUUUGACACGUUCAGACCCAAUACAGGCCAUGUUUAAUACUUUGCCAGUAUAUAAUUCAAUCCCAUCCACAAAAUAGCAGCAGUCUAGAAGCCUCCUCAUUGGAGCAUGUGCUUCUUUUUGUUCCUUUAUUCAGACAUUAUUUUGUUGGUAGGUAAUAAGGAGAGCAGGCUUGCAGGAAAACUAAGCAGGAGGGACUGGUUUUGCUAACAAGAAUAUGUGUUCUUCCUGCACCUGCCUGUGAAUCUUGCAUGGUUCAUUCAUGCCUUCAAGCCUGCCUGCCUGCCUGCUGGUUUAGAAGGUUUAUUGGUAGUUCGUGUGUGUGGUAUUCUUUGAUUGCUGUCUGAGUGAAUAAAGCUGGUUCCUAAGUCUAGGGCUGUGGUUCCCAAUGUGGGGCACAUGCCCCACAGGGGAGCUAUUUGAUCUUAAGAGGGGCAAUUUGAGAAUGAGUUAAACCAAGUUAAUGGCCUUUUACGCUUCCUCCACGUGAAUAGGAGUUUACUUUUUGAAAAAUAAGAAUUAUAUGUUUGGGGGGGCAGGCAUAUGUUUAGAGAGGGUUAGGUGGGGCGUGGCCAAAAAAAGGUUGGGAAACACUGUUCUAGGGCCUGGCUUUGCUCUAAGAGAGGGGCCAACAUCAAGAGGGAUCUGCAUUAUGGGUUGGAACAUCGGGGGGAGGGGCACAGGGCAGGGGUGACCCUUCUGUCUAUCAGGAAAUGGAAUUGUAGGCCAGGCACUGUAAGAGACAGGCCUGUGACCCUUAGCCAGGGUGAGACCUUGUGGGAUGGGGAGAUGGGUUUGGUGGGGUUCCCCCUCAAUGGGGAAUUGUGGGGAGGGUGUUGUUGCUGUGGAAUUACUACCUUCUGCCCGACAGUGUGAGAAAAUUAUCAUCAUAAGAUGUGCCUGCUACUAGGUCCUAGAUUAUUAUCUGUGGCCCUCAACCCUCAACUGUACAUUAGGACUUUGAUGGCAAGAUGUUAUCAGUAUACUGAUGAUGCUCAGCUCUGUUUCUUCACAAAGUCUGGAUCUGAAGAUGCAAAUCAGGUUCUGGACUAGUGCCUUGAUGCAAUGGUGGGAUGGAUGAGGGAAAGAUAAGCUGAACUUCAAUUAGGAGAGGACAUCUGGGGAUCUGGGGAACAUCAGGGUUAUCCAGUGUGUGGGGGGGAUGGGCUGGCUCUGGAGAACAUGUGUUCAAGCAGAGAGAUCUCGCCCCCGUUGCAGGGGAGAGCAAUGACAACCUCUAGGCGUACGGCCAAAGCCUCCCCUCAAACAACCCCUUUAAUGGGGAACCCUGGUAUCGCCACCGCAAAGAGGAGGAGGGCGUGGGUCAUGCAGGGGAAUUCCUUUCUGGCCCUUCAACAGCGACCUUGAUGUAGCAGCGCCCGCAUACCUGUGGAGAAAAGGUUAAGUCUUAACUGAGGGUGGGUAGGGUGGGAGAAGCUCUGGAGACAACUGACGAUUCCCAGGUAAGAUCCUCCCUCUAUUGUGUGGGCAGUAGCCCCUCCCUUACCUGGCCUGGUUACCUUGGCAACCAGGUGGGAUUGGGCAAGUAAAGUGACUGAUGUAGGCGGAGACCUCCAGGUAUCCCACCUGGAAGAAGGUGAAGUCAAGCCUGUGCUAAUGGUGCCGCAUAGGGCCCAGGGGCUGGGAGCGACCACACAAAGGGUGCCCCCCAUUUAAUGUGGGGAGCAGUCAUUGCCUGCAGACAGUCUCUGCAGCAGAGUGUAAAUCAGCAAUCCUUGAAGCUAUCUGAGACCCAGGAAGAGGAUUUUAUGAUGCUCUUUCCUCACUGAAGGCGAGGUUGCCAUGGUAACACAGGACAGCUGAAAUAGCUAUAAUAAAUGCUGGGUCCCUAAAUUUGGAUGCUGAACUUGAACAUAGUUUCCUUGGUUCUGUGGUGUUGCAGAAGUGAAUUCUUACCACAUAGACAACUUUCUCUACUAUAAGUUUUUAGCUUAGAGUAGAAUGGUUUUUUUUAAUUCUUUAUUUCCAGUUUUUAACUCUGUUCUUUUAUUGCUCAUUUUAAUGUUAGUUUCAUGGUUUUUUUUGGUAAAUUAUUACUAUUAUUCAUUAGAUUUAUAUACCACCCCUUCAUCACAAGAUCUCAGGGCAGUUCACUCAUACAUUCUAUAUACAGUGGUAUCUCGUGUUACACACACUUCAGGUUACAGACGCUUCAGGUUACAGACUCUGAUAACCCGGAAGUAGUACCUCAGGUCAAGAACUUUGCUUCAGGAUGAGAACAGAAAUCGUGCAGCAGCGGUGCGGCGGCAGCGGGAGGCCCCAUUAGCUAAAGUGGUGCUUCAGGUUAAGAACAGUUUCAGGUUAAGAACAGACCUCCAGAACGAAUUAAGUUCUUAACCCGAGGUACCACUGUACAAUAAAGCAAUAGAAAUUUUGUUUAAAUAAAUAAAUACAUAAAAUGCAAUGCACCCUGUCCACUGCAUAGAAACAACACUUUCGAAUGAAAAGAAUUAGCCAACAAAGUUGUCCUGUUCACACAAAGACUUCUGCUUGUGCAAUGGAGUUUCCUCUUCCUUUAGUUCCUCCCACCCACCAUGCUCCCCCAAAUCUGUACUUGAUCCCACCCUACUUUCCAGAGCAAAUUUCAGGGGGGCCCAGGGAUGCAAGGGAAGGGGGAAAAGAAACGCCUCUUCAAAGGCAGAAUUCCUUGCAAAGAUGAGGUCGCUUGGUUGGAUACGUUAGUGAAAUGGAAGAAUAAUUUAGAUAUCCUAUCAUAGCAGGUUGUGAAAGCUAUGGCACUGGAAUGAUGAAACAAGCAUUAUGUAUUAAACUCGUUAUACCGGACUUUUUUAUGAGAAUACGUCAAAAUAAUGAAAGCAAAUUAACAUCGUGGGAAACUAUUUAUAUGAACUUUAGAUGUGAGUAUUUCUUUACAUCUGUGCAUGGAGGAGUUGAUUGGCCUUUUUCAGUCCUCAUUUUGUCUUUUGGGAUAAUGAAUUUUUUUUAAGGCAUUGGAGAUUUUUAGGUUUCUGCUUCUCUUGUAGCUCUCCAGAGCUCAAAUAUUAUAGUCAGUAUAUACUUUUAAUGAUUUGUAUUUGUACUUGGAUUUGGAUUUGUUUUUGGCAUCCGUCUGUCUUGGGAGACAAUUUAAGAGUGCACUUUCAGGAGUGAAGUCAAACUGUUGGAGAGUUAAAGCAGCUGCUGUGGCUGUAGAGACAGAUACAGAAGGUCGGCAGUUCGAAUCCCCACCACAGGGUUAGCUCCCAUUGUUCUGAUCUAAAUCUGAUCUAAUGAAUAAGCGCUGCUUCCAUUUCAUCAUUUUUAAUUCCACCACACCUGUUGUAUAAUUGUUUGUUACAUUCUAGAUCUUUUGCAACAUUUAUUCAAGGUCCCAGCUCCAUCUGAGUACCAACGGCAGGUAAGCAAAGGGCUAUUUUUUCAAAACAAAACAAAACAAAACAAAACAAAACAAAACAAAACACUGAUCUUCUUAAUUUGAGUAUGGUGAUAUAUUCUUGCCAUUUUUCAGAUUGUACUCUUAAUGAAAAUAUAACUGAUUAUUAAUUAUCAUAAGGCUCAAUCCUGUAGAUGUCAAAUCUCAAUGAACGAAUAAUGCUUAAUAUAAUGUCAUACAUGUUUAAGCCCCAAUGAAAUUUGCAGGAUUCAAGCAGUUCACACUGUGAGAUUUACAGUGGAAUCCUAUGCAUGUCUCUACAUAGAAGUAAGCUCCCUUGAGUUCAGUGGAGCUUGCUUCUAGGUAAGUGUAUGUAGCAGUGUAGCUUUUUGCUUGCUAACCUGUACUCACCUGUAAGUCCCAUUGAACCCAGAAGGACUUACUUUUGAGUACAAAAUUUGCAUGUACUUUUUUUAGACUGAGUAAGCAGCUGGAAAUACAUUGUUUGGGCUUCCAGAAAAGAAUAUGGGGAAAUUCUCAUGCAAUUUUGUAUUUUAUAAAUAAAAUUAAGUAAUCUUUAAAAAGCAUUUCUAUACCAGCCUCUCACAAAAUAUAAGGGCAAUGUACAGCCACAUAAAAACACUGAAAAGCAAUAAAAUGCAAUCAUUAAAAUAAUUCCUUAUGCCUGUGUUGUUGUAUGUUACACUGCAAAAUGAUAGGAUCCUCUAGAAAUAUGUAUUGGGGGAAUAGAUGAAGUCCCACAAUUGGAGGAUCUGAAUGAAUGUCCAAUUGUGAAGUGCAAAUAUGAUCAUUGGAUUCAGUCCUGCAAGAAUUUGUACAGUGAACUUUUGCUCAGGCCCAUUAUCUUAUUUUAUAAAUUGUGGGGUACAUAUUUGUUUUCUGGAUGAAAUUCAAUAUCUAUCAUUCACCCCAUAUUUGCCUUUAUUCUAAUGUUUCUAUUAGUUGCCAAGCAACAUUAAGAGAUUUCAGAUUAUGGUGUCUCCACCAUUAGGAACAACAGUGGACCUAGCUAGACAUGGCAUUAAUUACAUGAGGAACAAUUGUAACAUGGUUUUAAAAGUUUUGAAAGCAGGAAGUGGGUUGUCAUUUGACACCACAACAUCUUGGGAGGGGGUUUGAAGCCUUCCCAGUCAAAAUCUUCCCUUUUGGCAAUUGGCACCAACAAAGAAAAUCCUAUUGGACAUGAGAAGUGGCAGGAGAUUGGUUACUGGCCUGGGAAAUUCUACUAAAAAAAUAGAAAUAAAAUAAAGUGUUGUUGUUUUUUUGGUGUCAUGUACUAGGCAAGAUUUUCCUUACAUCCCAUUGAAGAGAUGCAGUUUGCGUCAUAAUUUUGGGUACUAUGUUUUCUCCUCACUGUUGUUCUCAGGAAUGUGCAAUUCUCUUAUUAAUUGGUGAAGUGAUGGCAAAUCAGUGGCACACAGAGCUGGAACUAACUUUUCCAAAUUUCGGAAUGUGAAUUUUGUCUCACACCAUGUGUUGAUACCAAAAUUUGAUUUUUGACAAGUUGAACAAAAUAAUUAUUCACUUUAUUACAUUGCGUGCCCAGGUGGAGAUCCCCCGACCCCAGGCGACAUCCGGGGGAAUAAUGACACAUGACAUGUAUUAUGGGAUUAAAAUUGCCCACAACUUUAUUAAACUUUUAGAUGUGGGAAGACCUUGGCUUAGGCAUUGGGCGUUUAUCCCUCCCAGUCCCCGGGCGGGGAUCUGGGGCACAUCAGGGUUAACCAGUCUAUCUGGGGAUUGGGCUGGCUCUGAAUGACGUAUGUUUAAGCAGAGAGCCCGCCCCCCAUUUCACCACAACACAGGGAAGUGCACUGACAACCUUUCAGCGUAUGGCCAGUGACUCCCCUCAACACAGCCCAUUUAAUGGGGACCAUGAAUUUAUUUAAGGCAUUGGAGAUUUUUAGGUUUCUGCUCCUCUUGUAGCUCUCCAGAGCCCAAAUAUUAUAGUCAGUAUAUACAUUUAAUAAUUUGUAUUUGUACUUGGAUUUGGAUUUGUUUUUGGCAUCCGUCUGUCUUGGGAGACAAUUUAAGAGCGCACUUUCAGGAGUGAAGUCAAACUGCUGGAGAGUUAAAGCAGCUGCUGUGGCUGUAAAGACAGAUACAGGAGAGCCAUGUUUUAUCACAGGUAAGGCAGAUGAAGGCGUCCGAUUCUGUUGCAGCAGAUGCACUGUGUUUUUUUCUUCUCUCUGUGCUUCUCUAAUGGUCAUUUUUUCAUCUGGUCACUGCUGUGGAUACGUGGCAUGACUGUCUGUCUCCAGGAUUUGUAGGGGGCAGUAUUGCCUGGUUUAAAACACAAACCCUUUCUGUCAUGUAAAACAGAAAUAAAGAUAAUGGGGAAAAAUAAAUAUGGCUUUGUAAAUGAAGAUUUGGGCAAUAGUUGUGUUACAUGUGAUUAUUACCAAUAAUGUGUUAUAUUUAAUUAAGCCCUGAAGAAAAUUCCCUUCUCUAACAAAGCAGAAUGCACCUUAAUAUUCACUUCUCUGAAAAAUGUGAGUUUAGGCAGUUCCCAUUUCUCUGCUUUUCUGUAAAGUUUUCAUUCUUCAGUUACUUGGAAUAAAGGACAUUACUGUUAUUUUGAAUCCAGUGGAAAUGUCAGUCACCUGCUGAACCUUAAUUCUAACAUGCGUAAGCAUAAGCAUUCAUGGACUGAAACCCUUUCUUUAUAGAUUGGUAAUUUUAUAAAGGGCUUGCUGAUCAGAAGGUCGGCAGUUCGAAUCCCCGUGACAGGGUGAGCUCCCAUUGUUCAAUCCCUUCUCCCGCCAACCUAGCUGUUUAAUUGCCUUGGGGGCAAUUAAAAUGCAAAAAGAAAUGCAUGCUCUCUGAGCAGAAGAGAGUGGAGCCCUAGCUGCUUGUGAUCUGAGCAAACUGCAUCUGUGAAUGAAGCCUAAGACUGCCAUGUCACACGACUGGCUCGUGUUCAGCAGCUUUUCAACUAAAAAGUAGCUCCAUUUCAUCACUAAAAGAAAAAAGGUUUCUCUAAAAUAUUCUGUUUUUCAGGUGUUCCAGGAUGUGGCUGCUGGUUAUCAUGAUGGUUGUACAAGGCACUGUGAAUCCAGUAGAAUCCAAGAGCAAAACAGAAGUGAAUCCUGAAGUAUAUAUGAAUAUUGUAAGUUAAGCUCUUGAGACAAAGCAGCAUUAUAGUAGUGUUAGUGAUGGUUUGCCCUGGUUCACACGUUUGGUAGGGAUUCAGUGGUGGAAAGUGGCAGCAAAUCUUCCUACCUUGCAGGUGGCUGUCACAGUGAACUGGGCCAUCUACAUAAGUGCCUGACUAUGUGAGCCCCCAAUUAAACUGAUUCUUUCUCUCUCUUUCAUCGGGGAAAAUUCACAUAUUUUGAUUUAAUAGGAUCUGAAGGGCCCACUUCAUGGUGAAGCUAUUCUGGUGCCUUCCCUGACCAAACAGGGAAACUUGGGCCAUGUUACUUUUGUUCAAGAGUACUGAAGAACUGUCAGCAAUGUCCAAUAUGCAUAAAAUAUAAAGUUUAUACACACUGAAGUCUGUAAAUGAAAACUUUUACAUAAGUUUUCUCUCUCUUCAAAUUAGAGAGGCAAGAGAGGUUUGUCUCUAGGUAAAUGCGACUAGGAGAGUGUUAAGGCUAACUGAUGACUCAUCCUCAAAACCAAGAGAUCUUUCAUAGGAGGAAGGUCAAACUUGAGAACUCAGUGUCCACGCUGAUGAACAUGCAAAUUGCUUAGCAUCUAUAUAUGGGACCAGAGACAGGAAAGUUUAUUGAACUGUAUUAAAGACCCAAAAGAAGGCAGAACCACAUUGAUUGCUGGUUUAACAGCAAUGUGCUGCUUUGCAUUUUGUAAUGUUUAUUUGGAACUAUUUCAAGAUUGUUUCCAGUAAAGCUUUGGAACUCAUUUUUUGUGUUGGAAAGCAAAUUCAUUUAUACUCUGCACAAGGUCCAUAUCAGGGAUUCCACUUUCCGCAACUCUAACAAACAGUGCUUAUGCAAUCAUUCUCAUAGCUCUUUGUUUCUUAGAAAUGGCUGAGUCCUCCCAAAGACUUUCUACAUCCAAAUAUUCAGAAUAUGCUAUGACAGAAGGCCUCUUCAAGUGUUUAGCCUGAACAUGCAAGUGCAAAAUGUGUGCCUGAAGAUGGUGCCACAGCUCUCCACUUCUGGCUUCUCUGUGUUGAGCAUGUCUGAGUGGAACUUACUUACAACUGGCUUACCACCUUCCUCGCUAUUUGGCACUCUGUGUUAUCAGGGGUCACUUUUGUGAAGAAGCUUCUAAACAUGUUUAUCCAAGUGCCCCUGCUAGCCCCUUCUGACAUGACAACCUCUCUGGAAGCACAUGAUUUGUUUCAUUAGAUAUAUAUUGCUCUAUACUUUAAAACGUUUCAGAGCAAUUUCACUCUAUAAGACACACCAGACCACAAGACGCACCUAGUUUUUGGAGGAGGAAAACAAGAAAAAAAAUAUUCUGAAUCUCAGAAGCCAGAACAGCAAGAGGGAUCGCUGCGCAGUGAAAGCAGCAAUCCCUCUUGCUGUUCUGGCUUCUGGGAUAGCUGCGACACACAUUUCCCCUUACUUUUUAAGGAGGGGAAAAGUGAGACUUAUAGAGCAAAAAAAUACGGUACACUGUACUUCAUAUUAAAACAAGAUCUUUAUUUUUUGAGCUAUGACUCUCUGUUUGCUGCUCCUCAUUUGAUGGUCUUCAUUCACUUGGAAAAUGCCUUCUCAUGCCCCCCCCCCCAUACGUGAAUACAAAGAGUGGAAAAAUACAUACAGUGGAACCUUGGUUCUUGAACGGCUUAGUUGGUGAACAAAUCAGCCCCCGAACACCAAAAACCCGGAAAUAAGUGCUCUGGUUUUCGAACGUUUUUCAGAAGCCAAACGUUCGAGUGCAGGAAGCUCUUGCAGCCAAUCGGAAGCUGCACCUUGUUUUUUGAACGGUUUUGGGAGUCGAAUGAACUUCUGGAACAGUUUAAGUUCGAGAACCAAAGUUCCACUGUAUUUGUUCCCAUGAACAAUUCAACAGACCAAACUCGACUCAUAGUAAAGUCAGGACAAAAUUCAUUUUGUCACACCAACGUUAGGGUUUUUCUAUUCCCUGCAGAGUGAAAAAAUCCGGUACUGGGGAUAUCCUUCUGAAGAAUACGAAGUUAUUACAAAGGAUGGCUACUUCCUGAGCCUGAACAGAAUUCCAGGAGGUAAACUUGAGGAUGAAAGUCGAUUGUAAUAGAGGAAAUAAAGGCUGCCUCUUUGCACACUAGCCUUCUUCUUUUCUCCUAAAAGAGCACAGUUUGUGCCAAUAAGGAUAAAGCACCACCAAUGUACAGUGCAACAACACUGUUACUGGCACAGACCUUCAGUCUCUACAACUGCCUCAUCAGGGCAAGGCCUACUGAAAAGAGCUGCUGUGCUUAUUAGACCUGGCACUCCUGAACUGAUCUUGUUUCUUCUAAUAAAGCAUUAACGUCACUCCUGGCAAUUAAUUGCUGGUUCCCUCUGGCUCCCUCCUGACAGUGAGCUUGGCACUGUCUUAAACAGGCAGCCCAGAGGACCAACAGUGUAGGACAGACUGACAGACAACCAGUUAGGAUGCCCUCCUGUGAGCGAUUGGCUAGAAUGCUGAUAAAGGUCAUGAAACUAUGAAUUGUGUUUGAUGCGCAAUGCCAAAUGAAACAACCAUGUAAUGCAGAUGUGACUAAAACUAUAUCUGCUGUAAUUUCCUCGUCUGUAAAGCUGCUAAAACUAUUUAUGAGAUGGAGGAAUGCUGCUGAGGGCACUCUGAUUUGGAUCCAAUAAUUUUAGGGUGGAUAAUGCACAUAUACCCCCCCCCCCCGCUGUCAUACACAGUGCCAGUUGUCUUCCAUUCCAUGAAAAGAAAACCUAGCACUCUUUGAAACUAGCCUCCUCAUUUCCAUACAAAACAUUUUAGCCACUGUACCCUGCACUCUUAGUAUGAGCAUUAUGAGUGGCAUUAUAGAGGUUUAAACUUCUGGAGCUUUUUCAUUUUCCAGGCUUAAAGGCCACUAUAUUGCUGAUUCAUGGUUUGGACUUGGAAGGCAGCGACUGGAUAGCAAAUCCGCCUCAUCAGAGCCUGGGUUUCAUACUAGCAGAUGCCGGAUAUGAUGUCUGGAUUGGAAACAACAGAGGAAACUCUUGGUCAAGAAGACACCAAAACCUUACCAUUGAAGAAGAAGCAUUUUGGGAUUUCAGGUAAGUUCAGAAAAGACUGGAAUUCAGCACUCAGUGGACUGUUGUGUUUUCCUCCUUCCUUUGAAGAUCUGCCCUGCGUGAAAUAACUCAACAAGGUAUACUUGAUGGUUUGUAAGUGUAACCAAUAUGAGAUAAAGUUUAAUAAUUUUAUAUAUGUGCAAAAUAUUUUUCAAUAGUUCACAAGGACAUACGUAAAAUUCCAGCAUUGAACACACUCUGGAAAUGAAAGAAAACUCAGCUCAGUGCAUCUACACUGACUGGAAAUACAUCUCCAGAAUUUUAGAGAAAGUAUCCCAGAAAUAAUUGAGGGUGGCAGGAUUGAUCCUGGGACAUUGCAGGUGCUUGAUUUCUUGGCCCUUCCCUGAAAAAUUAUGCGCACAGUUUUGGUCACAGUUUUGAGGGUGGGUUAAUGAAUAUUGCGUCAAAGGUCAGAAGAACCCCAGCUCCAUCAUGGCACUGUCUCAAUCCAAGUUGCAUCUCCCACAGGUGAAAUUGAAGAAAGACUCCUGGUCCUGAAUAGUUUGAUCCUAAGCAUAUUUACUCAGAAGUAGUGAUGGGUGAACUACUCUUGACUUGAUUCAGAAUUCGGCUGAGCAAAAGAGCUUGACAUUUUUUUGGAGGGAAUGCCCCUCUGAAAACUUUCACACUGUUAAUGAUGUCACUAGACAUGUGAUGAGGUCAGUGAUGGUAUAAAUGUAUACUUACCUCCUGGCAGACUUACUCCAGGAUUGUAACCAUAAACUCAGCCUGAAACCAAAUGUUCCUGGAAAAUAUUCUCUUUCUACAUGUUUAUCGGAAGAUCAUUUAAUCUUUUACCUUCUCUUCACUAAAGUAGCAAGUGCAUGUGAGCAGAGCAUAGCACACACACUUAAUUAUUAUGGAUGUCUCCUGAUUUGCAGUUUUCAUGAAAUGGGCAUCUAUGACCUUCCUGCCAUGACAGACUUUAUUCUGCAGAAAACCGGAUGGGAUAAAAUCUACUGUGGUGGCCAUGCUCAGGGAUCCACCGUAGGUAUGUCAAACAUAAAGGUUGGCAUUUAGUUGUGAAAAAGACCUGUGUAGUCUGUGACUGUAUUCUUUGCCCCCCCCCCGCCCACUCAGGGGCAGCAGAAAUGCAGGGGAACACAUGUCAGGGGUGUUUUAUCCAAGAAUCAGAUUAGCUGAAAAGGCUGAGUGCUGAACUUCCUCCUGGCUGCUUGGAGAAUGCAAAUAUUGGCUCUGUCAUCACAUUCACUGUUGCACAACACACACCUAUUGCAUUGUUUAACCUACUUGUACUCUGAGACUCAAAAUGACUUGCUGUGAAGAGGUCCAGCCAUAAAGGUGGUUUGUACAGGCUGUAGGAGCUUAGCAAUAUUUCCAGUUUUGCCAUUUACCUUCUUUCCUUUCAUCUGCAUAACAGGUAGGUACACUCCAAUCAACAGUACUAGGCAUCUAGAUUCUAGAAAACUGCCCAAUCUAAUUCUAUAUACACACAGGUUGACAAUUUAUAUUACUGAUUUGAUUACAAGUUUUUGACUGUAAAUACCGAUUUGCUUUGUACACCCUCCCCUCUCCAUUAAAAGAAUGCUAAAUGGAAUUCCUCAUCUUUUCCUCCCAGCUUUUGUUGCAUUUUCUGUAAUCCCUCAAAUGUCUGAAAAAAUAAAGAUGUUUUUUGCCAUGGGGCCUGCAUACACGUUCCACUUCAGUAUAAGUCCCAUUAUACGAGUGCUGCGUAUGCCCAACACAUUGUUCAAGGUAUGUGUAAAAGGGUCAUUUUCUUAUUAUCAUGUAGGGUUUACAAGAUCAGUAAUGUCAAGUGUUACGUUCUUAUCCAAGUUUUAUAGGAAAAUAAAAAUAAACAAGCAAGGCUAGCUUUUGUGAGGGGAAAUAAAACUAAAUUCAUUUACUUUUUGUCAAAGAUGCCAUCUCUGGAGCAUCGGGUGCCAAGGGUGCACCCACAAAAUGUUCUCUGUGGGUGCCCUGCCAGGCAACCCAAUGUGUUGCAUGCUGCGGUGGGUCGCUCUGUCAUGCCCUCCCACGGUGGGGGCGAUAUGUGACAUCAUGCGCAUGGGCUGGGCACUAUCAGUGUUGGGUGGAACCUGGUAUUCCUGUUUGUUGUUUUCAAUGUGAGUAGUUUUGUGACUAAAAGAGCUAAGAGGACACAUCUCCCACUGUCUAGCUUACAUAGCAACAUACAAUCAUAGAGUUGGAAGGGACUUUCAGUGGUCAUCUAGUCCAACCCACUGCAAUGCAGGAGAGUCCACAACCUCCUGAGGGAGACUGUUCCAAUGUUGAACAUGGGCAACUACCUUCCAUCCUGACUCCAAGGACCUUAUCAGUCAAUUGGCUGAUAUCUCGUUCUUACCUGCUUAUCUUAAAGUAUGCCAAUGACAUAUCUGACUGCCUCAUCUCAUCCUAGCUUAGAUGUAAUGUUGCCAGCAGGGCCGAAGAGUAGUUCCCCUCCCACAUUCCUUUGAGCCAACUGGCUGUGAGAGGAUGAUUGGCUAAAUAACUCUUCAGCAUUAAGAUGCCUCGGGCCGUGUAGCCUAGCUCUAAACCCUUCAUUGUCCACACUGAACCUGCCAGAAGAGGGAGCUAGCUCAGAUUUCACUUUCUUACCCACCCACACGCAGGGGAAUACAUAGAAUGAGUUGAGUCAUCAUCAAAGCAUCGGUUAUUUGUUGUGAGUUGCUUUGGAAGCCUUCACAACUGAAAGCUGGCCUAUAAAUAUAGCAGAAUCAUAGUUAAGAAGGGACCCUGAGUGUCACCAACCCAACCCCUGCAAUGCAGGAAUUAAGUAAAUAAAAUUAGUAAUUAUGUAAAUAAUGCAUUUGAUCAAGUCAGGAAAGCAAAAUCUGUAAUCCUGGUUAAAAUUAUAAUAUGAACAAUAUUCUUGUAUGGAUCAGAACACAUCUGUUGCUGUAUUAGGAAAUAUACUGGUUUACCAUGUAAAGAAUCUCUGGAUUUUUACAGAUUAUAUUUGGCACGAAAGAAUUCUGCCUGCUGAGUCCCAAACUCAAAGAACUUUUGGCUCAAAAGUGCAGCUGCCGACCAGUUGAUGUAAUCUGCAAACAAGCUCUUUUACUUAUCGGUGGAUUCAACGAGAAAAAUUUAAAUGUGGUAUUUAUGUGUGCUUGAUAAAUAUCCCUCCUACUAUACACUUUUCUAUUCACACUGCUCAAAUAGGCUUAAUUCAAGCAAUAAAAAUACUUAAUAGGAAAAGCAUCAGGAAAACUCUCCAGCACAAAUAAUAAAAUUGAUUAUUUUGGGUGCUUGAUUUCAACGUAAAGAAGUUACAAAGUCGAGCUUGAGGUGUACGGAUUUUAACCUGCUGGAAAAUAAGACCACUUUCAAGAGUUUGUCUGACGUGGCUCCUGCAAAGUCAAAGGUUGGAUGUGUCACUGGCCUCUGAAUCACUGUGAACUCCAAGUUAAGAAGGACUGACUUAUGACUUCUUAAAGGGGUGCCAGUUACCUAUCUAUACAGUGGUACCCCGCAAGACGAACGCCUCGCAAGACGGAAAACCCGCUAGACGAAAGGGUUUUCCGUUUUGGAGGCGCUUCGCAAAACGAAUUUCCCUAUGGGCUUGCUUCGCAAGACGACAGCCCAUAGGGAAAUCUCAGGGACAGCGGGGAAGCGCAGCGCGUCUUCCCCACUGUCCUCGGACCUCCUCCGAAGCCCGGCGGCGGGGCGGGGACACCUCCUCCCGCCGCCGCCGGGCUCGGAAGGCUCCUCCGAGCCGGGCGGGGAGGGAACACCUGCCGCCGCCGCCCGGCUCGGGACGGUGCUCCGAGCCGGGCGGGGGGAGGGAAGACCUCCGCCUCUGCCCGGCUUCGGAGCGGUGCUCCGAGCCGGGCGGUGGGGAGGAAGACCUCCCGCCUCUGCCCGGCUCGGGCGGUGCUCCGAGCCGGGCGGGGAGGGAACACCUCCCGCCGCCGCCCGGCUCGGACGGUGCUCCGAGCCGGGCGGGGGAGGGAAGACCUCCGCCGCCGCCCGGCUCGGAACGGUGCUCCGAGGCCGGGCGGGGGAGGAAGACCUUCUGAAGGCGGGCGGGGGCGAAGUCUUUGCUCCCCUGCCUGCCUGUCCCGGAGGGCUUUUGAAGGCGGGGAGCAAAGACUUUCGCCCCCGCCCGCCUUCAGAAGAGGUCCAGGACCUCUUCUGAAGGCUGGCGGGGCAAAGUCUUUGUCCCCCCUGCCUGCCUUCCCAGGGGCUUUUAAAUUGCCCCGGACAGCGGAGAAGUCCUCCGCUGUCCCGGGGUGAUUUUAAAAUGCCGCCCGCCAGCAUUUUAAGAUCGCCCGGACAGCGGAGAAGUCCUCCGCUGUCCCGGGGUGUUUUAAUAUGCUGGGGUGGGAAGAAAAGCCCUUGCCCCCCAGCCUUCAGAAGAGGUCCGGGGACAGACUGUCCCCGGACCUGGUCUGAAGGCGGUUUCCUAGGAACGCAUUAAUUGAUUUUCAAUGCAUUCCUAUGGGAAACCGUGCAUCGCAAGACGAAAAACUCGCAAGACGAAGAGACUUGCGGAACGAAUUAAUUUCGUCUUGCGAGGCACCACUGUACAUGCUUUCCUUGAGCCAUCAGCAAUACACUUGAGCAACUAAUACAAUAGCACGUGGCUGCUUUUGAUCAGCACAGCACUUAUCCUUCCUUAGCUUAUCCCAGGAAGCCAUGCUACACAUGCACACAAGACGAUGUCUCCAUACACACCAAAACUUUAAAGCUCAUUCAAAGCAAGCACCAAAGAACCUGGGAGCUGUAGUUUAAGGGUGCUGGAAAUUGCAGUUCUAGGGGGAUGGUCUUUGUAUGGUCUUUCAAAGCCUGGUAUGCACACAGCUGCAGACACUGUUUCUUGCAGCUUGUGGUGCAAAAACCUCUGAAGUGGAAGGAGAUUUAAAUGCACCUUUUCUUUCAGAGCCGAACUGAUGUGUACACAUCAAUAUUCCCGGAUUAUACUUCUGUGAAAAAUUUAAUCCACUGGAACCAGGUACAGUUACGAAAAUGAAAUACAUCUGUGGUGUGUUCUCUACCUACAAUAUUGCAACAUAAUGAUUUUUGUUUAAAUACAAGGAAGCUGCAUUUGAGUCCUGAGCCUGAGGUUCCGUACCUCUGAUAUAGAGCAAUAAUUGUGAAAUACUCUUCUUAAAUUGUUUCCUCUCCUGAUAAUCUCUGCUUUGAUGUCUUGGCAGAAGCACACAGGCUCACACAGCUUUGGUGUUAUGUUUCAUUUUCUAGUCUGGUAGAACUGGGGAAUUCAAAUACUUCGAUUAUGGCCCAAAAAACAUAGAUAAAUACAACCAGGUAUGUAUAUUUUUGCUUGGAUUGGAUAAGGAUGACUAGGAAAGGUCUGGUUCCAGCAGUGGCAGAGCAAGCCGAUCAGGCGCCUGGGGUGGCAUGCGUGCCCUGCGCCCAGUAGCAGGGCGAUCCAGGGUAGGACGCUCCACGGGGCCUCCAAGGAGUCUGCCAGCCUCCUCCCACUCAGCUGCCCUACAGCUGAGAGGGAGGCAGCAGGUGGACCGUUUGGGGCAGUGCGGAGCCUGUGGGCGCCCAAGCCACCACAUCACUCCCAGGAGAGAUGCUUGGCUUGGGUGCACUGCAGGCCCUGUGGUGAGUGCCGCCUGGCAUUUUGUCACCCCCUCAGUGGUGACACCCGGGUCAGACCUCCCCCACCGUACCCCCCCACCCUCCGCCCCAGGUUCCAGUGUCCUACAUUACACACUUGUUCUAAUUAUCUCCAUUCGCAACUUCAACCUCUGAAAUUUUUCGACCAAAAAUAGUAGUUGACUGGUAUAGUAAUACUUCCAACAAGGCUCUUGAGCUUUGCUGGGAGGGCACGGCUGGGAAUCCCUUGAAUUAGAGUUUAGAAAUUCUAAAAUUCUUUUAGAUUACAUUUCAGUGGCAUCUGUAGUUUAUUCUCAUUUUUUCUUCUUUUCACAGAUGACUCCACCCUUCUACAAGAUAGAAGAGAUCACAGUCCCAAUUGCUAUGUGGAGCGGAGGACAAGACUGGGUUUGCAGGCCAAAGGAAGCUGCGCAGCUGCGGUCUCGAAUCCCUCACCUUGUUUACCAUAAGGAGUAUCCAGACUGGGACCACUGGGACUUCAUUUGGGGCAUUGAUGCUCAUCAGCGGAUGUACAUGGAAAUCCUUGACCUGAUGCAGAAAUAG